AUGAAACUGAGUUUUUCGUUGUUGGCUUCCGCCCUAGGUAACCGACCUCGGACCGAUGAUGACCUCAAUACCGUCAUCUAUGCCCAUUCCAUGAUCCGAACUGCCCCCCUGACGGACCAGUACGCGAAGAGUUUGCGCCAAGUCGAGUCGUUUUCGCUGGACACGUUGCGCUCCUUAGAAGGGGAGCGUGGCUCUGUUUCGGCUGCGGAUAUUGCUGCUAUCGCGAAGAACAUAACCGAUCCCUACUCAACGAGUAACGAGCGAGUUGUCUGCGCGUCAGACAAUCCAUACCCCGAUUUCGACGGAAAGUGCAACCACCCAACUGGCGCUGGUCAGCCACUCCAAGGCUACGGUCGACUCCUCCCCGCUUCCUACUGCGAUGCCUCUGGAGCGCCAAAAUGCGGCACGGACAAGAGACCUCUUCCAAAUCCGCGAGGUCUUUCCCUCUAUCUCCGAAGCAAGUGCCCACAAAGUCCGAAUGACAAAACGACGCAUUUUCUCAAUACCGCUGGUCAGUUCAUCACUCACACGCUUCUUCAAACUCCUGAUCGAAGCAAAGAUACAAGAUGUCGGUGUACUCUGAACAGUAGCGAUUGUCUCAAGUGGUCGACUGGUUCUGAUCCGGUCUUUUCCGGCGUCUCCUGUAUGUUUGUGACUAGAUCUGCUGUCACUCUUAGCGAUCAAGACGGACAACUGGUCCCCGAGCAAAUCAACCAGCUAACCGGAACCAUUCAAGCCGGAAACAUUUACGGCUUCUCCGAAAUUCACGCUCGAUCUCUCCGCCUUCCAGGAUCACCAUUUCUGGAAACUCAAGACCACACUCAUGGAAUUUACAUCCCAUCGAUCGCGCAGAUCAAUGCGAAAGAUGGCUCUUUCAAACCUAUCACUGAUAAGUUCCGACUUCCAAGUGGCCUGAACGAGCGGGGAUAUGAUCCCCUGUUUUCCGGCGAUAAUCGAGUCCUUGAAAACCCGAUUCUUGGAAGUUGGCAUAUCAUGUACCACAGACUCCACAACAUCCUCGCCCAAGAAAUCAUCGAUGCCGAUCCAUCCCUUCAGUCCGAUUCCGACUUCGUCUUCAACGAAGCCCGAAAAUUCAACAUUGCAAUAAUGCAAAAAAUGGUCUACGAAGAAAUGGUCCCUGCGCUCUUUGGAAAUUCCCUCGACAAAUUCGACAAUGGUUCCCUCAGACCCAGGCCUAGCGACUUUUCGGCCCGAUUUCGAACCCUGCUCAGACCAUCAAACAGACCAAUCAACCAAGAUCACGAUCGAACCGGGCCGGUCAUUUUCAACGAAUUCGCUACUGCUGCUUUCCGAUACGGCCACUCCCAGCAGCCAGAAACCAUCGUUACAAAAGACGGCCAGUACCGAGUCCAAAGCACCGACGACAUCCGGGACAACUUCUUCGACCCCCACGUGCUCAUCCAGCAAGGUCCAGCUGCCAUUUGCCGAGGUGCUGCUACGCUUCAGGGCCUAUCGACUGGACCUGCCUUUGGUGAUUCGGUUCUUCACAAUCUUUUCAAGCCACAUGGAGUCGACUUUGGUAUUGAUCUUUUUGCGAUUAAUAUUGCGAGAGGACGAGAUCACGGAUUGGAAUCGCACAAAAAGUACCUGAAAAAGUUCAAAGAAGAUCCUGAAUGCGCUGAUUUGUACCGCGGCUGGAGGGGAAUGAGACCCGAGUGGAACGCCCUGGUUCGUGACCAGUACCGAAACCGAGAUUGGGAAGUCGAUCUCUACGUCGGUAUCCUCAUGGAAAAGCAUCUCGAUGGAGCUGCUAUUGGACCAACUGGAGCGUGCAUCAUUGGCAAGCAGUUCAAAACCCUCAAGACUCAAGAUCGAUGGUUCUACGAAAACCGAGAAUUCUGGAACGACGAGGCCAAAUUCGACCAGGUCAAAAAAAUCGACCUUGCCACGACCAUGUGUCUCACCCUCGGCGAUACGAUGAACAGAGUUCCCGACAUGCCAUUCAUCGCCGACGGCUUCCCACUCGAUGGCAAGACCAGAAAAAUGGUCAACUGCAAUAACCUCAUGAAUCGACUCGAUUUGUCCGAGAUCUAUGGAGAGCCCGAAGAGCCAACAAGCCCACCAACCGAGCCACCAACUGAACCACCAACUGAGCCUCCACGACCAGAAAAUGAGCCGAUUUGCGACUUUGACCCUGUCGAUCGAGUGGUCGACUGCUCCAAUAGAGGAUUCGACUCCAUGUCGCUCGAACUCAUGGCGGAGAGAUUGAGACGAACUCAUGCGUACCCUGUUGAUGUCAAUGUCCAUGGUGGCAAAGAACGCCGACAGGUCAAGUCUGAUGCCGUGCGAAUCAUUAAUCUAAGUGGCAAUCCUGGCCUCAAAUCAUCCGACAAGGGAGUGUUUUUCCUCGCAAUCAAAGAGUUCAAUUUUGCUAGAACUCUCGACAUCAGAAACACCAACUUGAACAUCUCCAAAGACGAAAUUCACCAGCACUUGCCCCACAUCCGACAAUCAUUCGUCUAA